AUGAAGUCAUCAACCCUCCUUUUGGGCGUGUCCUCCCUUGCCCUCACCUCCUUUGCAUUUCCUACCGUGAACCAGAAUCAAAACCGAUUCGAGAUCCGCGACAGCCUUGCUGACGAGAAUAAACCACAGGCUAUCAAAGAUGCUUUCACCCAUGCCUGGAAGGGGUAUUUGAAAUAUGCCUAUCCACUGGAUGAGCUCAAGCCUGUGUCGAACAAGGGAACCAAUCCACUAAAUGGCUGGGGUGCUACGCCGGUUGAUGCGCUUUCCACCGCAAUUAUCAUGGGUCUACCAGACGUUGUCAAUGCUAUUUUAGACCAUGUCGCGAAGAUCAACUUCAGUAAGACAGACGAUAUGUGCAGCCUCUUCGAGACCACGAUCCGCUACCUGGGAGGAAUGCUGUCGGGUUAUGACCUGCUGAAGGACUCUGCUAUGGGUGUUGAUCCCAAGAAGGUCGACGUGUUGCUUAAGAAGGCUACGGAGCUGGCAGAUGUUUUGAAGUUCGCUUUCGACACCGAGUCUGGUGUGCCAUACAAUAACUUGAACAUCACUGCUCAAGAAGGUGACGGCUCUACCAACAACGGCCUUGCAACCACCGGCACAUUGGUUCUUGAAUGGACGCGCCUUUCUGAUCUGACCAAGAAGGACGAGUACGCAAAACUUGCUCAGAGGGCCGAAGCGCACCUGUUAGAUCCACAGCCCAAGUCCAACGAGGUUUUCCCGGGUCUUAUCGGGGGAAGUAUUAAUAUCAAGACUGGCAAGUUCGAGGGCGCGAGUGCUAGCUGGGAGGGCGGCGAUGAUUCGUUCUAUGAAUACCUGAUCAAGAUGUACAUCUAUGAUCGCAGUGCAUUUGGCAAGUAUAAGGACAGGUGGGUACUCGCUGCUAAGUCGACUAUGGAGAAGUUGAAGAGCUCCCCGAUAGGGCAUCCUGAUACCACUUUCAUCGGAUCCUGGUCAAACGGUGCAUUGGCCAAGAGCUCUCAGCACCUUGCCUGUUUUGCCGGCGGCAACUUCAUCCUUGGUGGACGAGAGUUGAACCGACCUGAAUUCACACAAUUUGGACUUAAGCUGGUCGACGGCUGCCACAAGACGUAUUCGAACACCGUAACCAAGAUUGGUCCCGAAUCAUUCGGCUGGGAUGUGAAGAAGGUUCCUGAAUCGCAGGCCGAAUUCUUUGCCAAAUCCGGCUUUUAUCUUAACAGUGCUGGCUACGUGUUGAGACCAGAAGUUAUUGAGAGCAUCUACUACGCUUACAGGGUCACUGGAAACAAGAAGUAUCAACGAUGGAUCUGGGACGCCUUUGUGGCCAUCAACGAAGUCACCAAGACCGAUAGCGGCUUCUCGUCGAUAAGCAAUGUAAACGCUGCCAACGGCGGAUCCAAGACUGACAGCCAGCCAAGCUUCUUCUUCGCUGAGACAAUGAAAUAUGUCUAUCUAGCUCACUCAGAAGAGGCCGACUGGCAGAUCAGCCGUGGUGGAAAGGACAAGUUCGUCUUCAACACGGAGGCCCAUCCCUUCCGCGUCCUGGUGCGGCUAUCGCCGGCUGAUCCCGCCGAGACCGCGGCUAGGGGCCUCCCCCACAGCCCGAUCGAGCAAGGAAAGCGGCCUGGAAAGUCGCAAGAGCGAGGUUUUAGGCCCGUAGCGCGCGUCAGCUUUUCCACCGUCAACAUCACCACCCUCAGCAUCACCAUGUCUGUCGUUAUCUGGGGAGUGGCACGGCGGAAUCACAUCACGGAAGACGGAGCGACGAACGACGAGAAGAAAGGGCGUGGAACGGGCUAUAAGCAAGGAAUGGAGGGCGCAGACGUCGACAGACCAACGUGGAGCCGGGCGUCGAGCCGGAGAGAAUUCCUGCGCACAUAUAAAGCAUGCAUGUCAUGUCGUCAGCGCAAAGCGAAGUGUGAACUGGGCGGAAACAACGAUCGCGGGAUUCCGCCGGGCCCGCCGUGUCUGCGAUGCCGCAGAGAGCAGCGGAACUGCUUGUUUAGUGAGGACCGGGCCUGGGCGCGGAAGAAGAAGAAGGAAUCAGGAAACACCUCUGUGCCAGAGCCCUCGACCCCAUUUGCUACGUCAGGCCAAAUACCCGGCGGUGAUGGUGAUGCGGAGGAAGGGAAUCAAGUGUCCAUGAACCAAUCGUCUCACGAUGGAUUCUACUCCGUCUCCAACGCCGGAGACAUGGAUACGCCAUCCUCGAGCGGCCACCAUGCUCAUAACAUACCUGGCGCUGCCGCCGGUGCCUCCAAUUCGAAUACCAGUACUGCUAGCGGACAUACAAGCAUGCACUUUGACCCCGUUGGCCGCGCGGCGCCUGCCACACCAGCCAAUAUGAGCAGCACCGGCAGUCUGUCGCCCGUAUUAACCUCCUCUACGAAUAAUAACAUGAACAGACGCGAGUAUCGAGGCAGCUCGUCCGAUCGACAUCAUCAUGCCGGUGCACAGUCGAAUAAUUCCCACGGCCUCCACAACUCUGUCAUGCGAACCGUUGUAUCGAGUGGCAACGAUGCGCUGAACAUCCUAUUCCAAGCUGCUGCCCAGGAGCAGGAUAAUAACAUGGUAGAUGAUGAGCCUAACGACCAUCGACAAUCGAUAUCGAAGGAGGGUGGUGCCGAUGCUGGAGAUGAUAGUAAUAGUGGUCCUGGUGCCGGUGCUGGUACCGCACAAGAUCGAUCUUACUCGCAGCAACAUCAGAAGGCUCAAUCGCAUGCUGGAGUGCGCGCCUAUGAUACUCCAGCAUCGACUACCUCGUAUGGUGUGUCGCCUGUGUCCGACCCAGCUACAUUAUCACACGUCGAGCCAGAUGUUUUAGCCGUCUGGGAUCAAUGUCGUUUUGUCAAGAUGGGCUGGUUUUCGUCCCGAGAGGCCGUGACUUAUGUUGAUAUGUUCUUCAAAAAUAUGGCUCCGCUAUCUCCUAUCCUCACGGAUUUCUACUCUCACCAUAGAAACCACUUUUGGCUCAUCACUCAAGAGCCUGUACUAUGCUGUACUAUUCUUAUGAUUUCAUCUCGAUACCAUACGCUACCAGGAGUGGGCGGGGCUUCCCGAGGCUUCUUUAUCCACCAAAGACUGUGGCAACACUGUCAACACUUAAUCAUGCGCGUGAUGCUAGGUCAGGAGAAAGGAUCCAAAGCCAAAACCCGCACCGUCGGUACCAUAGAAGCCCUGUUGGUGAUGUCAGAAUGGCAUCCGCGGUCCCUCCAUUUCCCCCCAGAAAGUGACGGGUGGGAUUCGGAUUUAAUGAUGGACAACACAACAGAACGUCAUGAUUCUACAAGCCCUGAUUCGUCUGUCUCUGCAUCUAGCAGAUGGCUGGAGGACGUCAUCGAGCCCGCACGCCGCUCUGAUCGCAUGUCAUGGAUGCUCCUUGGUUCAGGCCUAACGCUGGCCCAUGAACUUGGGAUAUUCGACACCGACGAUUCGCGCGCCAGAAGCUUGAUAUCUAGCCCUGAAAUGGAAAAUCAAGGCUUCCCACUUGAUGAAACGAUCAGCUUCCCCCGCCAUCGUAUCCGUCAGCUGCUAUAUGUGUUUAUCAACCAGUUAGCCUCCCGGUUAGGUUGCAUGUCGCUAAUGCCGCAGAGCCUGAACCAUUCUGUCGUUGCACCGUUAAUGCAGAAUAACAGCAUUGAUGAGUGGCAGACCUUUAUGAACUCGUGGAUCGAGUUAACGAAACUAGCGAAAUCUGUAACGGAUAUGUUUUUCCCGUCUGCGACGUUUACACGGCAGCAAUUGCAUAGCGGUCGAUAUAUCGGGCUUUUAGAUCACUUCCGCCCGCUGCUCUCACAGUGGCGACAGAAACAUCUGGACACGAAACAUCUAUCACGCCCAUUCUGUGACAUGAUAUUCAUCGAAUACCAAUUUGUCAGGGUUUACACCAACUCCAUCGGCAUGCAAGCCGUUGUAGAACGUGUUCUCAACGAAUCCGACCCUGACGUAGUCAUGGAAGACGUCCGCCAGGCAAACAUGGACGAAAUCGACUAUGAAUUCAUCCAAGAAGUUAUCGACGGGUCAUGCAGCCUACUGCAGAAAGUCAUCUCGCUCGCAGAAAGUGGCGCUCUCCGAUUUUCUCCCGUCAGAAUAUUUCUGCGCAUCACGAGCUCAUCGAUAUUCCUUCUCAAGGCGCUAAGCUUGGGCGUCCGUAAUGCCAAACUUCAAGAAUCGUUGGACAUAUUGACUAGGAGUAUCCAGGCACUACGAUCUAGUUCGCUGGACGAUAUACAUCUGGCAUCUAGAUAUGCGACGCUACUAGACUCUCUCCUCUCUCGGCUACGGCGAAGCUUUGUGUUAUCGAAUAAGAAUCCAAAGGUUAGCCGAACAACAACCCGUCCAUCCUCCGUUACUCCUUUGCCAAAGGCACAAAACGCUUCUCCAGCAAACCAACCACCUCAGCCAUCACCACAACAACCUCAACAGCAACAACAACAGCAGCAGCAGCAAUUACCCCAUCCGCUACAGCAGGCACAAAUGCAACAGUAUUCUCCCAGUGGCAUCCCCGGCCCUGUCCCUAUGAAUGCGUCGAUGGAUGUUACAAAUAACCCAGUCUUCGAUGAUCCAAUCUCAUCACUAAACGACAUUAGUGCCGACGAUUGGCUUUCGUUGCCCUUUGAUCCAUCAAUGGCGCCGUUCGGGGAUGGCGGUAACCAGGCUUGGUCUGGCUUCGAAGGGGCAAAUUUGAACUUCAUCUGGAACCUGCCCUCGUGA